UUCUCGGUUAGUGAACUGAAUCCGACGAUCCGGCCAUCUCGAGAUCGAACCCACAUCACACCGUCAGUAUAUGGUUCUGUUUCUCGUUCAUAUGUGUUUCCGUGUGUGAAGCUGAGUCGAUUGAGCGAGAGAAGCAAAACUCGCGCUUCCAUCCCAAGAGCAGCAAUUGCAGUCUCAAUCGAUGUGUGAUUAGUGUGUUCUUGAGUCGUUUCAACCCCUUCUGCAUCCAAGCACAAGUGCGGAGUGAGCGUAAGUAAAGCGCGAGUAAAACUACCCCCUUUGGGGCGGCCUGCGAUUGACUGACCGGGCGCGUGAGAGAACGAAACCCCCCAAAAGAGAGCCGGAGAGAUGCACCUGAACUGCGGGAGCUUUUAUAAAGUGCCGUGUUGUUUUUAUCCGUACGUUAAUUUAUUGAGCUUCUUCCAGCGGGUCGUGUCGCGGAUCUUGCGAAAAAGCCCCGCGAAAAAUUCUUUCAUUCCCCACCGCGCGCUAGAUUGAGAAGAAAAGCAGAAGUGUUCUAAGCGCCAAGUCGGAGAAACGGCUGCUGCUGCGUCUGAAUCCUGUUUGGUUCUUGCUGUUUUUGGGUGAAGAUCGACCAAACCAGAUUCGCAACGUGUCUGAAUUUAGUGUUGGUGUCGGUGCGGUGAAAAUACGGUCAGAACUGAACGCCUGCAGCCAGUAGUGAUCGACAGGUUGACCGGACAGGAACCGAAAUCGGGCUGCUGGAUAAAAUUUGCUCAACUCAUCCAGGGUGGUGAUCAGCUGAUUUCUAGCGCAGUGCAGGUGUUUUUUUUUCGAAACCCAAGUGAUUGCCGGUUGCAUGUCAGAAAUUGUUGUUGCUAUUUCACGGAAGUGCCAAAAGGAUAAACUCGCAGUUGCGCAGUAGCAGUCAGCCACCCCGUUCCCUACACCGUACCGUACUCUACAACUUCCAGUGAGUGACACAGAAUCGUGAGCAAAAGUGCAUCGAACCGUGAAUUCGGAGCACAUAUUCCGUUUUUGGUGGAACUUGUAGUUUUGCUGCCGCGAAUGUGCGGUUUUUGUUUAGUGAAUUGAUUAGCGGGACGGAACUGGAAUUCGGAAUUCGCUAAAGAAGCUGAAAGACUGAAACGUGUGGAAUAUUCUAUAGCAGCCCACGGGUAGACCAGAAUCCAGCCCGGUUGUUUGCGUGCUCUAAAUGUGAUAACUAACGGACCCAGCUGCAGCAGAAUCGAGAAACUUAAUCUUCCACGAGUGUGUGCUACACGAUAGCCUUACUGUAACCGAUGUCAAUUACUCGUAGUUAGCAAUAGAUCCAAUUCGUAAUAAAUCGCCCUAAGCUAAGACGAGCCUUCGUGCUUCCGAAAAAAACGAUCAAAGAAAACCUUACCUUACCAGUGAGCCAAAAAAACCCCAAAAACCAAAAUGUCGUCCACAAUCAAUGGAACGGCGUCCGCCAACUACUGGGACUACAUCUUCACGGAUUUGGCCGAUCCGCGGACGAACCACUGGCCGCUGAUUUCGUCGCCGGUGCCCGGUUUGACCAUCAUUGCCAGCUAUCUGUACUUUGUGCUCAACUUCGGACCGAAAUACAUGGCCAACCGGAAGCCGUUCCAGAUGCAGCGGACCCUGGUGGUGUACAACUUCAUCCAGGUGCUCGUCAGUGUGUACCUGUUCUACGAGGGCUUGGAUGGCGCCUGGCUGCGACACUACAGUUGGCGGUGUCAACCGGUCGACUGGACAGAUAAUCCGCAGUCCAUGCGGGUCGCCCGAGGUUGCUACGUGUACUUCCUGGCCAAGCUCUCUGAACUGCUGGACACAGUGUUCUUCACGCUGCGGAAAAAGGACAAACAAAUCAGCUUCCUGCAUCUGUACCACCACACCGUGAUGCCAAUGAUCUCGUGGGGUGCCACCAAGUACUUCCCGGGAGGACACGGAACGUUCAUAGGAGUCAUCAACUCGUUUGUGCAUAUCAUCAUGUACACCUACUACAUGCUGGCCGCCAUCGGACCCCACCUACACAAGUACCUCUGGUGGAAGAAGUACAUCACGGAUCUGCAGAUGAUCCAGUUCGGAAUGGCCUUCAUGCACUCGGCUCAGCUCCUGUGGACGGACUGCGGCUAUCCCCGUUGGUCGGUUUGCUUCACUCUGCCAAAUGCCAUCUUCUUCUACAUGCUGUUUAACGAUUUCUACAAGAAGACCUACACCGUCAAGCGAGCAGCUCGUCUGGCGUCCGCCAAAGCCAAGGCCGAAGAACUCCGGAAAGCGAAAGAGCUGGAAAGCUUAAAGGCUGCCAAUGGAAAACUCGCCGAAAAAGAACUGUAGAUAGUGUCCCGAAGUUACGUACGUGUAAUGUGUUAACUGUAGAUGCCACCGUUUGAAUAGCUACUUCACCAUCGAUCUUCCCCUAUCCCUGUUGUCCCAUUUCCCCACAUUCACAGUCCGUUCCUAGAACAAGUAAACCCCAUUUCACUUGCUCAUCUAACUGAUCCUAAACCAAGUCUUUACUCAUAAGGUAACUGAAAGUUGUGUGCGAAUGCCUUCGUUGUUUAAGGAAGGUCUUUUUUUUUCCUAGCUGUGUAAGGUAAUUUUAAUUUGAAUCUAGUUGAAUGAAAGUGAGGAUUUUAAUCUGAUUAGCAGACGAAUAAAAGAAUGACAAACUAUUAUUAAAGAUCUGAACGAAAAAUCAAAA